UCCUCUCCGUCGUCGUCGUCGUCGUCUUUCUCUCCUCUCUCCUGCGUUGCGACUUGCGAGCUGCCCAUGUGCAUCUUGUGCUGGAAGCGAAGAAACGGAGGAGGGUUUGCGUGCUAAAGUAUCUCUCUUCGGCGGUUACGCUGAGAGCUUUGAUUUUGAUUCUCAUGGCCGGAGGAGAAGCUGUCUCUUCGAAUUCGCCUGCCAAACCGGCGAUCCUUGGACAUAACAGCAACGCCAUCAACGCGAAGCUCGUAUUGCUGGGAGACAUGGGUUCCGGCAAAUCCAGCCUGGUCUUGCGCUUCGUCAAGAACCAGUUCUUUGAUUUUCAGGAAUCAACUAUAGGAGCAGCAUUCUUCUCGCGGACAGUGGGUGUCAAUGAUGCAUCGGUGAAGUUUGAGAUAUGGGAUACUGCAGGUCAGGAAAGGUACCACAGCUUGGCUCCUAUGUACUACAGAGGUGCUGCCGCAGCUAUUAUUGUCUAUGACAUCACUAGCACUGAAUCAUUUGAACGGGCUAAGAAGUGGGUGGAGGAACUUCACAAGCAAGGAAAUCCCAAUUUGAUAAUAACGCUCGCUGGGAAUAAGACAGAUCUGGAGGACAGAAGAAAAGUGGCAGCUGCGGACGGACGCAUGUAUGCAGAAGAAAGGCAACUCGUGUUCAUAGAAACAUCUGCUAAGACUGCCACUAAUGUCAGCAAACUGUUCUAUGAAAUAGCUAAGAGGUUGCCCAGAGUUCAGGCUAUGCAGAAUUCAGCGCCGGCGGGGAUGGUUCUAGUGGAUAGAAGCUUUGAAGAAACCCGAUCUGCAUCCUGUUGUUCAUGAAUUCUUAUCAACUCUCUGUUCAUUCCUUUCCUUUUUCUCCUCACGUUGUAUAGUUGUCUUCCACUCGAGUUCCUUGAUCUUUUAGUUCUUGAUGCCUAUGUAUAAAAACGAAUUAGACUGAAACACCACUUGUGAAACUGCAAAACCAAUUGAAGUUAGGGAGUUAGUUCAU